AUGGACAAACACCGCCGCGAUGAGUCUCCCUCUGGUCUGUCAGACAUUGUCGAGCAUGACGGUCUUCUAGGAACUGGCCUAACGACCCGACAUAUUGAGGCUUUUGGCAGAAAGGUUACCUCCACGGCGGGCCAUCUGAUAGCCUCGAACGCCGACUCAGGUAGCCAUUACCAUAGUGCCAUGGUGGAUAUCCAACGAGAGCUCCGACGGCCUGCCGCACAGCGCAAGGUAUUUUCACUGACCCAAACCACCCCGACCGAUCUCGUUCGUUCCAAGCUGUCCACGUCCGAGAUCCAAUCGCGCGCCAUCUGUUCCCUCCCAGAUGAACUCCUCGAGAAUAUCCCCGAAGAUUCUAGCUCCUACUCCUUAUUCCAAGGCUUCCAGGCCUCGCAAGACGACCAUGAAUAUCGCCGGUCCCAUCGCCGGCGCUCCUCCAAGGGAAAAAAGUUGUUGAAAGAUGGGGAGAGGGUGGCCCUUCCGUCCGCUCCGGCCGACUUAAAGAAGGAACGGGAGCUGCUGGGUUGUCGUAUGGACUUGAUGGGCGUGCGCAAAAACAUGUGCAGCUCCGAGAUCUACGAGAUCGACAAUAAGAUCGCGAACCUUCACAAUAUGCGCAAGAUUGUAUUGGAUCGGUUAGCUGGACUAGAAAUGGAGGAAGCGGAGUUGGAACAUGAACUAACCGAGAUCGACAAUAAGCUUGAGGAUAUUCAAGAGGAACCGCCACAAACGCCGGGGUUAGCAGCUACACCUGGGCCUUUGGAAGGGAACGACGUUUCCAUUGUCUCUGAGGAUCCGGCCAUGGACGCAUCGUUCAUGUCGGAAUCGAUUUAUCAAAAACUGCCUUCACCAAGGAGCGUAAAGCAACGAUCCAUACGAAAACGAUCCAUGCCUGUUCUGCACGAACAUUUUGCUCCUGGAUCUCUGAUUAAGGAAAUGCCGGCUCAUUCUGACAUGGUCACGGCCCUUGACUUCGACUACCCCUUUGGUACUAUGGUCAGCGCAGCAUUAGACGAUACCGUGCGGGUCUGGGAUCUCAAUGUAGGUCGGUGUACCGGGUUUUUAGAAGGGCACAAUGCGUCAGUUCGGUGUCUGCAGAUCGAGGACAAUAUUGUCGCGACGGGUUCUAUGGAUGCAUCGGUGAAGUUGUGGGACUUAAGUCGCGCUCGGACCGUGACCCGUGACAACCGUGUGAAUAAGGGAGAGAAUGGCGAGGAUGAUGCAGAUGACGCUGUGUCCCAGACGUCUCAUUCCACCACCCUGGAAGACUGUCAUGUGUUCUCACUGGAUGCUCACGUCGACGAGGUGACAGCUCUCCACUUCCGGGGCAACAACCUAAUAUCUGGCUCUGCGGAUAAGACGCUACGGCAAUGGGACCUAACUAAAGGACGAUGCGUGCAGACGCUGGAUGUCCUCUGGGCAGCGGCGCAAGCGUCGUCACUAGGAGGAGAAUCCCAAUGGCGACCGUCGGGCCGCGUGCCCGACGCCUCUGCGGAUUUCGUAGGGGCAGUUCAAUGCUUUGAUGCCGCGCUGGCUUGCGGAACUGCGGAUGGCAUGGUCCGUCUGUGGGAUCUGCGAAGUGGGCAGGUACAUCGGAGCCUUGUGGGCCACACCGGCCCGGUUACAUGUUUACAGUUUGACGACGUACACUUGGUGACAGGAAGCUCGGAUCGUAGCAUUCGGAUAUGGGAUCUCCGGACCGGAUCGAUAUACGACGCCUACGCUUACGACCGGCCCGUCACCAGCAUGAUGUUUGAUGCGAAACGGAUCGUUGCCGCCGCGGGAGAAAGCGUGGUGAAGGUUUACGACAAGGCCGAUGGGCAUCACUGGGACUGCGGUGCCGGGGUCGGCGCCGACGAACCGGGGCCGUUCCCUGCAAUGGUAGACCAUGUGCGACUUAAGGAUGGGUUCCUCAUUGAAGGUCGCCAGGAUGGGACUGUUGGGGCAUGGACUUGUUAA